AUGUCGAUUCUAGAAUUCAAGAAUCCUUACCCAAGUUUACCACCAACAAAGGUAUCGCUCCUCCACACCUCCAAAUUAGAUGCUACAGCCCUGGCCAAUAUCGGAUUCUUCAGCACUGUAGACAGAGAAUCGACUCACAUUCUGCUCACGGAUUCUAACGUCGCCGCUUCCAUGCUCGAUGAAUUGAAAGAUAUGUUCAACAACCUCCGUAUAAAGAUUCACCCAGUCAUUGUCGUUCCCGGCGAAUCGUCCAAAACGAUCCAAGCAUACACUCAUGUGCUAGACGCCUGCGCAGAUGUAGGCAUCACUAAAGAGUCAACAGUCAUUGGUAUCGGUGGAGGGGUAGUAAAAGACCUCUCUGGAUUUCUUGCAUCAACGUUUUUACGCGGACUUAACCUCGUCCUGAUGCCAACCACGGUGCUUGCCCAGGUCGACGCCGCCAUCGACUGGAGACAUUCUCUGAAUCUUCCCCAUGGAAAGAACCUCAUCGGAAGCAUCCUCGCACCUGCUGAGAUAUUGAUAAACGCGGGCUUUUUAAAGUCCCUCAACGACCGGUGGAUCAGAGAUGGCCUGGCAGAGUCAAUUAAGAUAGCUUUAUGCCAGAGCCCUGACUUCCUUACUCUUCUUAGCCAAGCAAACCCAUCCGACUUCACGUGGCUUUGUCGCGUUAUCGAUAUAUCCGUCUCUGAGAAGAUCGUAGCCAUGAAUCGUGACUCGGCACCUGACCAAGCGAUGUUGGUAUACGGCCACGCUAUAGGACACGCGAUCGAGCAUCUUGCAGAAGGAGAACUAGGUCAUGGAGAGGCGAUUUCAAUUGGCAUGUGCGUCACUGCCGAACUUAGUUUGCUUGCUGGAUUAUCAGAUGAAUUAACCUUGAAGGCACAUUACAACGCCUUCACGGCGUUUGGACUACCAACAAUCGUUCCUGACAAGUACGAUCUGCAUCAGAUCUGGUCUGUCAUUCGUGCUGACAAGCGCUUCCGCGGAGAUAAGAUGUGCGCUCCCGCGGUGAAGACUAUAGGGACUCUUGUGGCGGAUGGUAAUGGGAAGUGUUUCUUGCCAUUUGGAGCAGAAAUAGUGAUACGUGCACUUGAGCUUAAUAAAUCUCGUGGCAAAACAAUCGGCAAAUUUGUACAAAAUUAA